ACAAUAAUUUGUCUUCGGUCGACAACAAUCAUGGCUACAUUUGUGGUGAUUGAUUGAACAUGAUGAAGAAGAGAGAGGCCUUGAAAUAUUUUCAGGCAUUGGGAAAAAAUUUCAAGAUGAAAGAGUUCAAGAAAUACAUCACAAAGAAAGAAGAAAUUGAUUUUUCAUUGGAAGAGAAGGACGGCCAUAUUGUUUACGUUCCUGGCAAGAACAAAUUGGAGGAGAUUCCUGCUGGAUGCAUCUUACACAUGCUAAAUGAUCAACUUGUUUCCAAUUUUGGUUUAAACCUCAGUGGAACCUUGGAAUACUUGUCCUUCCCUGAACACUACCCCUUAACUUUGGUAUUCAGAUCAGACCAUGGACAGGAAGGCAAUCAUAUAAAGAAAAAGCUCACGUACCCAGUUCCAGACAAUUUCUUUGGAGAAAUAACACCUUUAACAGAUAAAGAGAUAGAACAUUACACUAAACUAGCACAGUCUUGGGUCAAGGGACUGUUGGAUGCCUCCACAUCUGAUGAGGGUUUUGAGUAUGUCUGCACCAAGAAUGAUGUUGACGUCUACCAAGGGACAUGGCCAGGUAGUCAGCUUCAUCUAAUCCGUGGUGUUACCAGAGUUAAAGCAUCCAAGGAUGAAGCAAGAGCCCUUAUGAUAUCAGAUACUACAGAAAAGUUCCGACGUCUCUUCCACAUGAUAGAUGCUCAUUUUCAAGAUGGUUUAGUGUUGCAUCAGUUUCCUGCUAAUUACAAAGCCCCUCAAGUACCUUUCUAUUCCAUCAAGUGGGCGGUGAUGGGGUCACCAGGGCCUGUUUGGUUCAGAGAUGUCUGCUGGCUGGAAUAUGGAGACAUAAUCAUUGAUGAAACUGGAAAUGAACUUGGAUUUGGAGUGGUAUGUACAGGAACACUUGAAGCUAAAGAGAGAAUGUCUCAUCAUGACAGACAUGGAGCUGAGGUCCAAGGUGUUUUGGUACCUCAUGGUCAAACACACACUGUUCCCAUCAAAGUUACUCAAACUCUCUCAAGGAUCUCGUUUGGCUUUUGUUCAAAUCACUAUGACAUAGGUUGCUACAUGUCAGGUUUACCAGCAGACAGAGAAUGGAGUAAAAGCAAGAGAUUUAGCUCUAAUGUUACUCCAGUGAAUGGUCAAGUGCUGGUAACUGAUGUUGGUGAAUAUACACUGGUGUUUGACAACUCUUACAGCUGGUUCAAAUCCAAACAGAUUUACUACUGGUACCAUUUGAGUUCUAAUGAGGGCUCCUCUGAAUCAUAGCAGCUUUGUCAAGACUGCUUGUCAGUAAGAACUUAAAAUGGUUAAAAUGUGAUACUUUAGAUUACGUGCGUUGUACAGAAUCUUCUUUCUUUAACUUCCAAGAAGUGACAAAUUCUUAAUUACUUUGGUGGUUUUGUAUUUUCUUGUCAACUGGGAUUGAUCAGGUGAUAUCUUAGAUUGGUUUGUUCACAAAAGUUUAUAAAGAGUCCAACCAUCUAGUUAGAAAAAUUUCAGAGUUUAUUAUAUUAUGUAUAGUUGGGCCACUCUAAUUUAGAUGUUUAGGAAUAUUAGUAUGAAAAUUCCAUCGCUAAGGAAGCCAUGAUGUUAUUUAGAAACUGAUGACAAUUGUCAGUUGAAGUGUAUGAAUUAACUUGCGACUGAACCCCAGGAAUAUUGAAUUCAGAAGUUAUUUUAAAACUUUAAAACCAUUGUUUUUGUCAUAUAUUUUUGUAGACAGUUUAAGUUAUUACUAACAACAAUGUUAGAUGCAGAGAUCUUAACAUCAUUCAAAUCUCACCAAAAUACAUUAAAAUAUAUUAUGUGUUGUAGAAUGCUGUGUUUUGGUGACUUAAAUUUUGUUCCUUCAAAAUAGAAUAAAUACCCACAAGACAGCAAUGUGCUCAACCAAAAAGCAUGUAAAGAAAGGUUUCUCAGUUUAUUUACAUUCUUGUGCCUCAAGAAGAAAACCUUUUUCAUCAGCAAGGCCUUGACACUUACAGAAACUCUGUAGUCUUAAAGAAAACUUGUUAACAUGUAUUUUGAAGUCCUUACAAUAUUCUUUCACAUGAGUUUAUACACUGUAAACUAGGAACAUAUAUGUGAGAUGUGAGAUGAAAUGUGGAUGUUUGAAAAUUUUAAAAGUAGCAAAGAGAUGAAAUUAAUUGAUAACUAUUAUA